GCAUUUCUCAAUCAAACUGGCUUACACGGAACUGGGUGCAUGUCGACAUUAUUUUUAAUUCCUUGAAUGGCUUCACCAAAGCAAAUCAGGAAGUGGAUAUAGCUUUUUUUUAUUCUAUUUUUUUUCUUUUUUCUUUAUGGCAAAAAUAAAUAUAUUUGUAAGGAAGCAGGUGUUCUGGGAGGGCCUUAGUGAUUGCCGACUGUGUAUCAUCAUUGCCAAAAAAAAAAAAAAAAGAAAAAAACUCCACGUAUGUUAAAAAGGAAAGUUGCAGCACUGUUGCUGGCGAAGUGCAUGAAAUUUUGAGCUGAAAGCAACAGAAAGAAAAUGUGAUAAGUUAUUGGUUCCUUUGUCAUUUCUUUGAGGCAUUUAUUUCUUUUUGGUGUUUCUCUUUAAAGCAGCUCUACAUUGUUAAACAGCAGUUGGUUUCUUUUCAAGUGUGAUCUGCUUAUCUUUCCCAUGGCUGGAAUGCAGAGAACAAAAGGACUCAACAAGUCAUGUUUUCUCCUCAUAGUGAUUGCUGGAAUAGAGAGGUUUGCAUUCAAAGGGGUGGCAUCGAAUUUGGUGACAUAUUUAACAGAUGUUGUGAAGUUGAGCAAUUCAGCUGCAGCAAAGACUGUUAAUAACUGGUGUGGGUUCACAUCUAUGUUGCCUCUUUUAGUUGCAUCUCUUGCUGAUUCUUGCUGGGAUAAGCAUCCCACAAUUCUGGCUUCUUCUUACCUUUAUGUUGUGGGACUUAUGGCAUUGACAUCAACAGCAUUAACUUGGGCCUGGUAUCCCCCCAACAAGCGAAGCUCUACAUUCUUGUACUGGUCUCUCGGUCUAAUUUCAGUAGGUCAAGGUGGAUAUAACCCAUCUCUACAAGCCUUUGGAGCAGAUCAACUUGAAAGUGAUGAUGAAUUACCCAGCACAAAAGAUGACCGGAAGUCGAAUAAAAAGAGUUUAUUCUUUCAAUGGUGGUACUUUGGUGUUUGUGGUGGUAGCCUUUUAGGUGUCACGGUCAUGUCCUAUAUCCAGGACACUUUUGGCUGGGUACUUGGAUUUGCUAUUCCAACAAUUGCAAUGAUUUCUUCAAUUGUAAUAUUCUGUUGUGGAAGCAGAGUUUACGCAUAUAAACAGGAUCUAGGUGAUGACAAAAGGCACUUCCGCGAUAUGGUUCAAGCCAUUAAGGAACUUGCAUCAAAAUUAGGCAACUGCAAAAUCAUAUUACCAAGCGGAAACUCAGAAGUUCUUGAACUAGAGCUUCAGGAGAGACCUCUUUGUCCUGACAAUUCAGGCAGCAUCAAGAGCUUGAAUAGCAAUCCCAGAAGUGGCACUUACCUUCUUGAAAAUGCAAAAGUAGUACUAAGGCUUGUCCCUAUAUGGACAAUGCUCCUAAUGUUUGCCGUCAUUUUUCAACAACCCGCCACAUUCUUUACUAAACAAGGCGUGACAAUGGAGAGAAGUAUUGGCAGCAAAUUGAAAAUCCCACCAGCUACGCUACAGAGUUCUAUUACAGUGUCUAUAAUCCUCUUGAUGCCAUUAUAUGAUACAAUCUUCAUACCAAUCACAAGGCUGAUUACUCGCGACAAGAAGGGUAUCAAUGUAAUGCAAAGAAUGGGGAUUGGAAUGGUUCUGUCUAUAAUAGCAAUGAUCAUUGCAGCAGUGGUUGAAAGAAAAAGAAUUAUGAUUAGCCGAGAAAUGCCACAUUCAGAAACAGUUCCAUUAAGCAUAUUUUGGUUGCUACCUCAGUAUAUUCUGCUAGGCAUUUCAGACAUCUUCACCGUUGUUGGUAUGCAAGAGUUCUUCUAUAAUGAAGUUCCUGUAAGGAUGAAGACUAUGGGCAUUGCCCUUUAUACAAGCGUGUUCGGGGUGGGAAGUUUCUUGAGUGCCUUUUUGAUCUCCGUGAUAGAAGCUUUCACCAGUUCAAGAGGGACGAAGAGCUGGUUCACCGAUGACAUGAGAGAAGCUCGCCUUGACAAUUAUUACUGGCUUCUAGCCUUUUUAAGCGCCUUGAGUAUGCUGUUUUAUGUCAUCUUGUGCAAGUUUUACAGUAGCAGCAGUGGUGUAGAUAAUCAGAAUAGUAAAUGAUCAUUUUGGUAUUGUACUGCUCUGAGUAAAUAAUUGCUCUAACCAGUAUAAAUUUUCAUUCUCAAAAAUAAAGUGUGAUUUAAUUCGUUUUGA